AUGUCCAUAUACAAUCUCCAUACAGAUGGCUACAAGUACUGGCACCAGGCAGAGGUUGCCAAGACGACCACACACACCUACUGGACGCCGCCUCACCAGUCGAAUGCUGCCGACACAGAGAUCACGUCCUAUGUUCUUCUGACGUACGCCGAGAAGUACGACUUCACUGGAGUGCUGAACAUCAUGAAGUGGAUGACGUCCCAGAGACUCCCCCAUGGAGGAUUCUCCUCGACACAGGACACCGUGCUGGCACUGCAGGCUCUAUCACAGUUUGCCAAGAUGGCGUAUGCCAAGAAUUUUGACAUCCAGGUUCAUCUUAAAGCAGGCAGUUUCUCUCACAGCUUCUCCAUCAACCAGAGGAACGCGCUAGUCCUGCAGAAGGUCGAGCUUCCGUCGAUUCCAAGCAACGUGCAGGUGACAGCCACGGGACAUGGCAUCGCGCUAGUUGAUGUGGCGGUGUUCUUCCACGCGGAUGCCGAGGUGGAGGCGCCGUCGUUUGAGAUGACGGUCGAGCUACUGGAGGAGACCAUCAAUAGUCUCAGUGUGAAGACGUGUGUAAGGUAA